AUGAUGAGGAUUACCGAUGGCCGCCUGGAUAAGGCGGAUGCUCCAGCGGUGAAGAGCCGCGCAUUUCAUUUGACUACCGAGGAGGCUCGGGCAGCACCAGACGUUAUCGUUGGGACCUUCUUGGUCAAUGGUAUGACUGCUCACAUUUUCUUCGACUCGGGAGCUACUCGAUCAUUUGUGUCUCUUGCGCUUGGCAAGAAGUUUCGGGAUGCACCGAAAACUUUGGAUUCCCCGCUUGAGGUAAAGAUUGCAGAUGACCGCAUUAUGGGUGCUGUGAGGGUGUAUCGGAACUGUGUCAUGAACGUGCUUGGAGAGAGAUUCUGGGUUGAUCUAUUCCCGAUACCGUUGCGAGGGAUAAAGGCGAUCGUCGGAAUGGACUGGUUAGGGGCCAAUGGGUCCAUGAUUGAUUGCGAGCGCCAGUUGGUAAGGGUUCGGACCCCAAGUGGGGGGGACUGGUUAUUCAUGGAGAGAGGGCCUCGCAGGGGCCAAUUCUCUGUUCUACAGCGAGGGCUCGGAGAUUUCUACAGCAGGGUUGUAUGGGAUUUCUGGCAUAUAUCUCGAAUAUGGGGACCGAGACCACCAUAA